CUGCGAACCAGCUCAGUAUACCUUCACCUUCACCACCAACACCACCACCCACACUAUGACAGAUCUGCUGGUACGUAUAACUGGAGCCGAGGAAUUGGAGGUAUGUGAAGAAGUAGGACGUGGAGCCUUUGGAGUGGUGUAUAGAGGACUUGUUAAGGCCACGGGCCAAGAAGUUGCAAUUAAACAAAUUGAUCUUGAAAAUGAGCAAACAGAUAUCUUUGAAAUUAAUAAGGAGAUUCAAAUUAUAUCUGAAUGUCAAUUACCGCAGAUAACUCGGUAUUUGGGAUGUUUUGUAAAGAGUUAUCAAUUAUGGGUGAUAAUGGAGUUUGUUGAUGGAGGGUCAUUGUUUGAAAUGUUAAGACCGGGCCCCAUCAAAGAUGAAGGAGUAAUUCUGAUAAUAUUAAAGGAAAUCUUAAUAGCUUUGGAUUAUCUACAUCAUCAGGGAAAGAUUCAUCGAGAUUUGAAAUCUCAGAAUAUCCUUUUAAGUAAACAAGGAGAAGUCAAAUUAACUGAUUUUGGAGUAUCAGCUCAAUUAUCUUCAAGUUUCUCAAGAAGAAAUACUACGGUAGGAACUCCAUAUUGGAUGGCACCAGAAGUAAUAAAUAAUUCUGAUGGUCAUAGUUUUAAAGCAGAUAUUUGGUCUCUUGGAUGUUGUGCUUAUGAGAUAUUAACUGGUAAACCUCCUUUACAAAAUAGGUUUCCCCCUAUGAAAGCAUUACAUCGUAUAUCUUCAUGUCGAAGAGAUAUAGAUUUUAUUAAUCUCAUAGGAUUAGAGGAAUUAGGGAUUUCUACUACUUUUGAAGACUUUCUUAUUAAAUGUUUUGUAGUUAAUCCGAGAGAGAGAUCAUCAGCAUCUAAGUUAUUAAACCAUAAAUUCAUUACUCAAUAUAGUAAAAUACCUGACAAAGCUAAGCAUAUGAAGAAAUUGAUUACCAAUAAGAAUUUAAAUGAUCUAGAUAAUCAUAUUCUUAAGAAUCAGAACUUUUAUGUACCGACCGAAAUUGCUAAGAAUCAAAGAAAAUGGAAUGGAGAUAGUGAUGGAGAACAAAAGGAAAAUAGAAUUGAGUUUGAUAUUAGUCUGAUUGAAUAUGAUACACCUCCACCGAUUCCCAGUAGUCCUAGUUCAUCAAAAAAAUCAACCAGUGAAUAUGAACAUGGUGGAGGAUCAAAGACUUUGUCAGUAGAUUCAAGUGAAUCUAUAGAUCUGAAACAAGAAGUCCUAAUUAAAAUAUUAAAGCCUGAAUUCAAUAGAAUUCUCAAUAAAUCCUUUCAUAAACUUGAAUCUAAAAACAAUCUCACCACUAAACAAUAUGAUCAAUUGGUUAAAUUAAAUGAAGAAAUUGAUAACCUUAUGAUCUUCAGCAGUAGUAAUGAAAGUCAGAAAAUCUUAGUAUUUCAAUAUUUGAAAUAUAUUUUAAAGGAACUUUGUAAAGAAAGUGAUACAGAUAGUGCCAAACUGAUUCUUCGGAAAUUAGUAUUACCAUCAUCACUCUCUAAACCAUCAAUUUCAGUAGAUAGUAGUCCUAUCAAUCCUCCUGAUCAGGAAUCCGUACGAGUUGGGAAAUUCGAUGAAAUAGAAAGAAGCCUCUUUGAUGCCUGGAUAAAUAAGACCAAAGAGAGAUGGACUCAUUCGUAGUUAAUGAGGAAUAGCAGUAUAUAAUUUAAUGAAUGUAAUUAAUGAGUAUGGUAC